AAAUAAAGAAAGCUACCAUCGGUUUGUUAUUUCAUUUGCUUUCUGCAGGACAACGGAGGAGAAGAAUGGCAAGCAAUCUGUGCCGUCUAUUCUCAUCAGCGAUUGAGCUGUCGACACCAAAACUAGGUCUAUAUAACCUGAGAUCUGGAAUAGUGAGUCUCUCCGACUCCAACUCAGCUAUGAGAUUCAUUUCCUCUUCCUCUCAUCAUUAUCAACAACAACAACAAGAGACAAACCCUAACAAACCAGAAGCAGAAACCUCAGAGAUGAAAGAGAAGCUUCAAAAUGAGAAAGAAGAUGUUGAAGACGACGGCGAUGCCCUUGACCUCAAUGAAGAGACCGGUGAGAUCGGAGGGCCCAGAGGUCCCGAACCCACCAGAUACGGCGACUGGGAACGAAAUGGUCGCUGCUAUGAUUUUUAAUCGUACGAGAUCGAUUCACCACCCCUGGUUUCUAGAAAUCAAACAGUCUUGUGAGGUUAGGAUUAUUCUGAUUCCAUGAUUUCACAAGAUUCUUCCUUUAUUACUGUAAUAUCUUUUUUCUUGUUGCAAUUUUGGUUUCGACAAUCUACACUGUUGUUGCGGUUUGCACUUCAUAAAUAAUAGUAAUCUUUUUUCUCUUA